AUGGCAGUGAAGGUUCUUUGUGUUGCUGAGAAGAACAAAAUUUCCAAAGGAGUUGCAGAACUUUUAUCAAAUAAACACUUCCAGACAAAAGAUACACGAAAUAAAUAUGUUAAAAAUUAUACUUUCAGAUGUAAACUUCCACAAUGGGGGGACUGUGACAUUACCAUGACAGCGGUGGCUGGCCAUAUAUUAGAAAAAGACUUGCCCAAGGGAUACGGGUGGAACGAUGUGCGAAACGUAGAUUUACUAAGUUGUCCAUUGAUUGACCGAUUUUCAUCUAAAGAUUCAGAGAAAAUUGCAAGCAAUAUCAAAGAUUUAGCUAAAGAGGCAGAUAUAUUGAUGAUUUGGACAGAUUAUGAUAGGGAAGGAGAAUAUAUUGGAUAUGAAAUCAUGGUCCAAGCUCAGGCAGGAAACGGCAGAUUUAACCUAGAUACUACUUAUAGAGCCAAGUUUUCACAUCUUGAGAGAAAUCAUAUAUAUGCAGCCGCAUGUAAUCCUAUAAGGUUAGAUAAAAAUGCAAUACAAGCGGUUAGCACGCGUAUCGAAAUUGAUUUGAGAUCAGGGUUUUGUUUUACCCGACUGUUAACUACAUCACUGAAAUCAUAUUUACAGAAUGACGAUAAGUCACUUGUAAGUUAUGGAAGUUGUCAGUUCCCCACAUUGGGAUUUGUUGUUGAUCGAGCCAAAAGGAUGAAAUAUUUUAAAAGUGAAGAGUAUUGGGGGAUAAACAUAAGUAUUAGGAAAGAUCGCAAAAAGUAUCCAUUUUCUUGGUCAAGAAAUCGUUUAUUUGAUCGUUUAUUGACAAUAUCUAUUUAUCAAAAUUGUAUCGAAAAUCAAGGAGAUAAUGUAGUUGUUACCAAAGUUGAUAACAAGCCAACUACUAGGUAUGCACCUCUACCAUUAACAACAGUUGAGUUGCAAAAAGAUUGCUCGAAGUACUUCAAACUAAGUGCAAAAGACACUUUAAAUGUUGCUGAAGGACUAUAUACAAAGGGGUUUAUUUCUUAUCCACGUACUGAGACAGAUAGCUUUCCAAGCAAGAUGGAUUUUAAAGAAUACAUUGGAAAACAGACACAGUCAUCAGAAUGGGGUGGUUAUGCUAAAAUGUUAAUCGAUGAUCCCUCUAAAUUCAGGAUACCUCGAAGAGGAAAGAACAAUGAUGAGGCACAUCCUCCCAUUCAUCCUGUUUCGUACGCCGGAAGCUUGACCGGUAGAGAGAAACAGGUUUAUGAAUAUAUUGUGAGGCGAUUCUUAGCAUGCUGUUCAUUAGAUGCCAAGGGUGCGUCAACGACAAUUACUGUCAGAUGGAGUACGGAAUACUUUAGUACGACUGGAACAGUUGUUCUUGAAAGAAAUUUUUAUGAUAUUUUCAAAUAUGCAAAUUGGACAUCGUCUUCGAAAAGCUUACCUGUGUUAGCUGUUGGCGAGCAGGUCCCUAUAGCAGACGCAAAGAUUACCUCAGGAAAAACAUCAAAACCUCAACCUCUCACUGAAACUGAACUGAUUGCACUCAUGGAUAAAAAUGGAAUAGGUACAGAUGCAACUAUUGCGGAACAUAUUGAAAAGAUCAUCCAACGCCAAUAUGUUAUUAAGGAGAAAGAUGGACAUGGUAGAGGUGCAAAGGAGUGUUUAUUUCCUACUCCUUUAGGAUAUGCAUUGGUUGAUGGUUUCUCAAAGAUUGAUCUUCAGGACAUUUCACUGACGAAGCCGUUCUUACGUAAAGAUAUGGAAUCUGAUCUAUCAGCUAUUUGUGAUGGUAGAAAGACGAAACAGGAAGUGUUACAAGAAACCCUUAAAAUAUACAAAGAUGCAUACUCAAUCACUGAAGACCAAAUGCCGCUCCUUAUACGGGCAUAUAGGGAUUCAAUUAGGCACGUUCAGUCACAAACUUAA